GUGUACAAAACAGGGUUCAUAUGGACAUGUUGCAGCCUAUCACAUAACGACAUAUAAUUGCAUGAUUACCAAAGCAAAUUCCAACUUCCAUUGUCUUUGGUGUUCCAUUCUUUAAGUAAGAUCCAAGUUUGCUUUGCUCUUCAAGCUUUUAUUAUAUAAAUGCUUUAUCUAUUCCCAACUUUGAACCACAAAGCAAUCAAGAAGAAGAAAAUGAAGACAGGGCAAGUAAUUAAUAUAGUAUCAAAUAAUUCAAAGUCUGAGCUGAGCUUAGGGAUGUCUCUACUAGAUUUGAUGCUGAGAAUUGUUGCAGCUGUUGGAACACUCAUAAGUGCUAUAAUCAUGGUCACUGCUAAUCAAACUCUGCCAUUUUCGACCCAGUUAAAUAUCUCCAGACUCAACUUCCAUGAUUUCCCCACCUUCACGUUCUUUGUGAUUGCCAAUUCAAUUGCAUGUGCUUAUCUUGUGCUUUCCCUACUCUUGUCAAUCAUCCACAUCACUCACGCUGCAGCCAAAAACACAAAGAUAAUCUUGGUUGUCUUCGACACGAUAAUGUUGAGUGUGGUGAGUGGUGGAGCUUCCUCAGCAGCCGCCAUUGUUCACUUAGCACGCGAGGGGAACGGAAAGGCCAACUGGGUUGCUUUCUGUCAACAAUACAACUCCUUUUGCGGGCGUAUUUCUGGGUCCUUAAUUGGCUCAUUUGCUUCAGUAAUCAUUUUGAUGCUCAUCAUCAUCAUUUCAUCUCUCCCAAUCUCUCCACCACAAGACUGAAGUGUUUCUUUGCAUUAUCAAGUUAUAAUGUGAAGACAUCUAUCUGUUUCUCAGGGGUUAAUUAAAUUUGAAAAGUAGUGCUGUGUUUCUAUAAUUGAUAUAAACAAAAUAAAAAAAAAA